AUGUCAUCCAGCUCCUUCGAUCCCGGAGCCCAUCGGUUCAUGUCCCCAGCAACGGGCAUGGGACUCGAGUAUAUCGUCCACCGUCCCGCUGGAGUCAGCAACGACAAUGUCCGUCGCAAUUUCAUCACGGCCCAGUGCCCUGGAUGGGGCCUAGGAUCUGCCUAUCUCCAACACGGUCUUUCCGACCUCUGGGCACCAUCAUCCAAAAGUGACAACGAUACCGAAUCCACAGUUUACACGGUCGUCUUCCUGCAUCGCCGAGGCACAGGAGGCUCAUCCCAACCCGUCGGGACCGGCAGGAUGACCACCAUGCCAGACAUGGCCGCUGACAUUGAGGAACUUCGCAAACACCUCGAAGUGGAACAGUUCCCCAUCCUACUCGGUCACUCCAACGGCGGUGCGAUCGCACUUGGAUACGCAGAGUUUUUCCCAGACCGAGUCCAAAAACUGAUCCUCGUCGACCACCAAAUCAUCGGCCUGCAAGACCGCAAGACCGAAAAGCUGGUCGCAACUAAGGACAACCCUGCAUAUCGCGGUGCUUGGGAUAAUUUCGUGAAUCGACGUACCGAUACGGACGACGAAUUCACUGAGGCAGUGAACUCAAUCUGGCCUCUGUAUUUCUACGAUCCGGCAAAGUACACGGACGAACUGUUGCACGCAAUCGGGGACCAGGUUAUGCCUGUGUGGACAUAUCGCUGGCAAGCCCAUUGUGACCGACACCUCUUGAACCCAACGCAGAUGGCUGAUGGUCUGAAGUAUGUGCGGGCUAAGACGUUGGUUAUCUUCGGACAGGAUGACAUGAUCGUUGGCCUGAAGAUUGCUGUACGGACGAUGGAUAUUCCCGGUGUAGAAUUGAUCACCUACAAGGAUUGUGGACACUUUCCGUGGAUUGAGCAAAAGGAACAGUUCAUGAGGGAUGUUCGGCGAUUCAUCGAAGGUCGCAAGAGCUGA